CGUGCCGCUCGGCUCCGCUCCGCUCGGGCUGUUCCGGGAGUCGAGCGGGGAGCCGCGGCCAGAGACCCAGCGGACCGGACGACCUCUCCUUCGUCACUUCCUGCCGGCCCGCGGUUUCCGGAGGGAACGAGAAGCCAGGAUGGGAAUGUCACCUCCAGGAGCUUUGGUUGAAAUGACAAAGAGCACACUCCAGCUGCCGUUACAGAGGGGGAGAUGUGUCCCGUCUGCAGCAGCAUAGAAUGGGCAUGAGCAUAGAAUGUCAGGAAGAAAGAUCACAGUUUUCCCAGGCUGGGAGCAAAACUAUGGAAUGUGUUGUACCACUGACUGAACACAGCCCAAUGAACUGUACUCGCCAUAGUUCAGAAACCAGCAGUUAACAGCUUCUUCAGACUUCGACGUUGUCCAGCACUUUCCAGAGCAGACUCACUGUUCACAAGGACUCUUGGCCUCCCGAAGUUAGCAACCUCAAAUUUUGUUUACUUAAGAUAUUUCUGCAAAAGAAAAGUACCCCAGAUCCCAUUCUCCACAAUGGCUAUGGACGGGUAUCUGUGGAUGGUCAUUUUGGGUUUUAUUAUUGCUUUCAUCCUGGCGUUUUCAGUGGGUGCAAAUGACGUUGCCAACUCGUUUGGAACUGCAGUGGGCUCUGGCGUGGUAACCUUGAGACAGGCAUGCAUUCUGGCUUCGAUAUUUGAAACCACUGGCUCUGUGCUAUUGGGAGCGAAAGUAGGAGAGACUAUCCGGAAGGGCAUCAUCGAUGUGAACCUCUACAAUGACACUGUGGGGACCCUCAUGGCUGGGGAAGUGAGUGCAAUGGUUGGUUCAGCUGUUUGGCAGUUGAUCGCAUCCUUCCUAAGACUUCCAAUCUCGGGAACGCACUGCAUAGUCGGCUCUACUAUAGGGUUCUCACUCGUGGCGAUCGGCACGAAAGGAGUGCAGUGGAUGGAGCUUGUCAAGAUUGUUGCUUCCUGGUUUAUAUCGCCGCUGCUUUCCGGCUUCAUGUCUGGAGUGCUGUUUGUGCUAAUCAGAAUGUUCAUCUUAACAAAGGAGGACCCCGUUCCCAAUGGUCUCCAGGCACUUCCUCUGUUCUAUGCUGCCACUAUAGCAAUAAAUGUCUUUUCCAUCAUGUACACCGGAGCGCCAGUGCUGGGUCUGUCGCUUCCCAUAUGGGCCAUAGCACUCAUUUCCUUUGGUGUGGCUCUGCUCUUUGCCUUCUUCGUGUGGCUCUUCGUGUGUCCGUGGAUGAGGAGGAAAAUAGCAGGCAAAUUAGAAAAGGAGAGCGCCCUGUCGCGCACUUCUGACGAAAGCCUCGGUAAGGCCCAGGAGGUGGAGUCCCCCUUCAAGGAGCUCCCUGGUGCCAAAACCAGCGAUGAUAGCGCUGUCCCCCUCACCAGCCCAGCUGGGGAGUCUGUGGGGCCCUCAGAAGGCACAUCAGCAGGGAAUCACCCCAGGACUGCCUAUGGACGGGCACUUUCCAUGACUCACGGCUCUGCAAGGUCACCCAUCUCCAACGGCACAUUCGGCUUUGAAGGCCACAUGAGAAAUGACGGUCAUGUUUACCAUACUGUACACAAAGACUCGGGCCUCUACAAAGACUUGCUGCACAAAAUCCAUGUAGACAAAGGCCCCGAGGAGAAGCCCGCUCAGGAAAACAACUACAGGCUGCUUCGGCGGAACAACAGUUACACGUGCUACACCGCAGCCAUCUGUGGCAUGCCGGUGCACACCACCUUCCGAGCCGCCGAUGCCUCCUCCGCCCCGGAGGACAGCGAGAAGCUGGUGGGCGACACCGUGUCCUAUUCCAAGAAGAGGCUUCGCUACGACAGCUACUCCAGCUACUGCAAUGCAGUCGCCGAGGCAGAGAUCGAGGCCGAAGAGGGGGGCGUAGAGAUGAGGCUGGCCUCGGAGCUGGCGGAUCCCGACCAGCCUCAUGACGACCCCACGGAAGAAGAGAAGGAGGAGAAGGACACGGCAGAGGUCCACCUCCUCUUCCACUUCCUGCAAGUGCUCACUGCCUGCUUUGGGUCCUUUGCUCAUGGUGGCAAUGACGUGAGCAAUGCAAUUGGGCCUCUUGUGGCUUUGUGGCUGAUAUAUGAACAAGGUGGAGUUAUGCAAGAAGCCGCCACCCCAGUCUGGCUGCUGUUUUAUGGAGGAGUCGGGAUUUGCACAGGUCUCUGGGUUUGGGGGAGAAGAGUGAUCCAGACCAUGGGGAAGGACCUCACUCCAAUCACACCAUCCAGUGGCUUCACUAUUGAGCUGGCCUCUGCCUUCACCGUGGUGAUUGCCUCCAACAUCGGACUUCCCAUCAGCACUACACACUGCAAGGUGGGCUCAGUAGUAGCUGUGGGCUGGAUACGCUCGCGGAAGGCUGUGGACUGGCACCUCUUCCGGAACAUAUUUGUGGCCUGGUUCGUGACUGUCCCUGUGGCCGGAUUAUUCAGUGCUGCUGUCAUGGCUAUCUUCAUGUAUGGAAUCCUAUCAUAGGUGUGAUUUUGUUUCUUCCGGUUGCUAAAUGGCUAUGGAGAUAGUCUACCAUGGGUGUAUGUAUUCACACCUAUCCACCCCACUGUGACACAAGCACACCCCUCCCGCAUCCCUUCCCGAUAGUUUCAUGCCACACGCUGCUUACCCAGGCCACAGAAGUUCAUCUUCCAUAAUUAACCUAACUACUGUACAUAGUAGUGUAUAUCAAACUGAUAUUGUGAUGACAUAAUGUGGUGCAGUUACUUAUAUAUUGUGUACCUAGAAUAUGUAGCAUUUAUUUUAAACUCAGAAUGAAAGUGGAGAGUGCCGCCUGGAAUGCAAUAUUCUGUUAACUGUAUAUAAUGAUUUCAGCGGUGGCAAGUGUUAGAAACUUUUAAAAAGUGUAGGUUAUAAAAUCCUUUUUAAAAAAUAUACUGUAAUAUAAGUGAGAUACAGUACACUUAAUACAAACUUGGGCAAGUUUUCAGGCCCCGUGUGAUUGCAUAGUGCUGAGACAGGUGUCCACAAGUGCUUUCUCUGAAGAUUGUGUCUACAAGCCGUGUAUGAGUUACUGUGUAAUGUAUCACUAUGCUUUUGUAAAUACUUAAACUGUAAUGUUAAUGGUAUGCUUCCCUUAUACUUUACUGAUUGGAGAGUUUUGGAAAGUACCAAAGAAAUAGGGGAUAAAUUGCCAGUAUUAUAUUUUCAUGUUGUUUGUUUCCUUCCCACUGGCCACUGCAGCGAACCUGGCCCUUCAGCCGGGCGAGCUCUUCACUCAGCCAGAGCAGUGUGUGUAGCUGGAAGCACCAGUCACCCACCAGCAGCAGCCACCCGCUGCCGUACCAGGUCCUGGUAGGCUUGUUCAGUGGCCUUCAUUGUCACCAGCGCAGACAACACACAGCAAUGGGGUAUAUACUUAAAAACACUACAUACAUAUCAAGUCCAAUUCCAGUGUCCCUCCUUGUUCUGCCCUGUGGCCUGAAAGUCGGAAUUCUUAUUGCAAACACUGAAGCCAGUGAGGCUUUGAUGCGCCUGGAUGCUGUAAAACUCAGGGCUGAGCGGGGAAUAUUAGAGGGGACGCUGAACUUGGGGAUCUUUGAGGCCUUUUUUUGUGUAAACAUGUGAGGUCCUCCUGUAGAGCCACUAUUGUCUUCUGAUGGUGAGAGACACAGUAUGACUAAAAUGUUAAGAGCCUGAAACCAUGGAAAUGCUGCUAAUAUUUUUAUAUUGACAUACAUUUUCACGGUACUUCAUUGUAAUUUUUUCAUUAAUCAACCAGAUUAAAUUUAUAAUAAAAAAGUGCCCCUCAAAAGUUUA